AUGUUCGCCACCAUUGCCGUCGCCUGCCUCCUCCUGUUGCUUUCUCCUCUCGAGACCUGGGGCCUUAGUCCCCGCGUCAAGCUCAGCAAUGGGGACCACAUCGGCCGGGUUCUCGAUUGUGGUGUCUCCCACUGGUUGGGAAUCCGAUACGCUGCCCCUCCUCUUGGGGAACUUCGGUUCCAGCCCCCAGUUGACCCUCUCCCAGAGAACGGCACGCAAUAUGCCUACGAGCAUGGUCCAAUCUGCCUCCCAACUGGGGUUCUUCCCAGCCAAAAUAAUGAGGCCAAUUACUCCGAGGACUGUCUCUUCCUCGAUGUUUAUGCUCCCAGCAGAGCACACCCGGUGUCUAAGCUGCCUGUCUUCGUCUACAUUCAAGGUGGAGGGUUUAAUGCGAACUCCCAUCCUCGCCUGAACGGCACCGGCCUGGUCAAGAAGAGCGAGAUGGGCAUCGUUGUCGUCACUUUGAAUUACCGAGUCGGCCCUUGGGGAUUCCUCAAGAACAUUGCCCAGUUUGGUGGUGACCCAGACCAUGUUGUCCUCGGUGGUGCAUCCGCCGGCGCCUCAAGUAUCGCCUGGCACCUCACCGCAUAUGGCGGCCGUGAUCAAGACCUUUUCCACGCUGGCGCCGGCGAGUCAGCGGCUUGGGGUCAUGUUAUCACCGCCAAAGAAGCCCGUUACCAGUUCCAAGAUCUUGUCGUCCGCAUCGGCUGCGUCAGCAACAGCUCGGAGGCUGUACUCACCUGUCUACGCAAGAAGCCGUACCGAGAGAUUCAGAUGCAUGGCUCUGGCACACCAUACCCUGGCCAAUCACUCAACCCCUUGUUUAUGUGGGGACCCGUGAUCGACUACGACAUGUUCAGCCUACCUCUCAUCGAAGCGUUCAAGCAAGGAAGGUUUAUCAAGGUGCCAGUCAUCUGGGGUGACGAUACCAAUGGUGGCAGCAUCUUCACUUCUCCCUUCACCUCGACUGUCGCCCACAGCAAUCGAUGGAUGAGGACCCAAUACCCCUUUUUGACACUCAGAAAGUUGUGGUUGCUCAACAAGGCGUGGAAGAACACGGUGAAGGAGCAAGACAGAUGCCCCGCAAGAGACUGUUGGAGAGAGCAACUCAGCCAAGUAUACGGUGACAUGCGCUACAUGUGCCCUAGCAUCUACAUGAGCUCUGCUUUCCCAGACCAUGGCUUCAACAACGCGUGGAACUAUCGUUGGAACGUCGAGGAUCCCGACCAGAUUGCAGCAGGACUCGGCGUCCCUCAUGUCAGCGAGAUAUCUGCGUUGUUUGGACCAGAGUAUGUUCUAGAGCCGUACAUCAAUGCACCAAGAACGUAUAGAGAGGGAGAGCUCAACGAAAACGCCGUUGAUGUAAUUCAGAAAUACUGGAUCAGCUUUAUCAAGACAUUUGAUCCCAACACAGAGCGGGCCCAAGGAACGGCUCGAUGGGAGAAGUUUGACAGCAAGAAGCUUAGUCGGCUGCGGUUUGACACGGGAGGAAAGACUGAGAUGGAGUAUGUCGGCAGUGAACUUGCGAGGAGAUGCACGCUUUUGUUCGACAAGAUAUAUUCAAGACGGGUUGGAAGUGGAUGGACCGGAUGGUGA